UCCUGGCUGUUUUCUUCCUUAAAUCCUCCGCGCUACUCUGUGGUGUCCCGCCCAUUCUCUGUUUCCUUGAACCUCUUUUCUAGUAAUCUUUUCUAGUUGAAGACCGGAGAAUUGAUAAAACCUGAGGCCGGCUGCUGAAAGACGGUGGCUCGGGUGGGACAAUCGCCAGGGAUGGCGGAGCGUGAGGAUGGAGCGGGUGUCCGGGCUGCUCUCCUGGACGCUGAGCAGAGUCCUGUGGCUCUCGGGCCUCUCUGAGCCGGGAGCUGCCCGGCAGCCCCGGAUCAUGGAAGAGAAAGCGCUAGAGGUUUAUGAUUUGAUUCGAACUAUCCGGGACCCGGAGAAGCCCAAUACUUUAGAAGAACUGGAAGUGGUGACAGAGAGCUGUGUGGAGGUUCAGGAGAGAGAUGAAGAGGACUAUCUGGUUAUCAUCAGGUUCACACCAACAGUACCUCAUUGCUCUUUGGCGACUCUUAUUGGGCUAUGCUUAAGAGUAAAACUUCAGCGGUGUUUGCCAUUUAAACACAAGCUGGAAAUCUACAUUUCCGAAGGAACCCACUCAACAGAAGAAGACAUCAACAAGCAGAUAAAUGACAAAGAGCGAGUGGCAGCCGCGAUGGAGAACCCCAACCUGCGAGAAAUUGUGGAACAGUGUGUCCUUGAGCCUGACUAAUGAGGCAACUGAGGUU